AUGUCGGACGCACAUCAGGCUCCCGUUUCCGAGAAGCAGGAAAUCGAUUUGUUCUUCGGCGAGGUUCCUGUCUCCCCAGACAGGGCACAACUCGGCGACGACAGUACGCCACUCGUUGAUGGUGCCGUCGAGGAUUUAGGCGCGGAUGGUGAUUCAGUUGAGGAUCCAAUUCGCGAAGAUCUGCUACGACGCCGUCGACUGACCCUGGCGCCUCCGCCUAUCUCGUAUCAGCCUCGUUUGAAGAUUGAGAACCGGCAAAAGUCGAUUGGCAAGGGAGCUGUGAGUCAGACUCCAUCCAUCGACAACCAGCUGAUUGUGGAAGAGGCGCCUGCUUGUUGA